AUGUACAACCUUGUCUCUUUCCACGGCGUCAUCGUUGCUGUCGUCCUGACGGUUUACGUUGUGCUUUCGGCCGCAUUCGAAAUACCGGACCGGUACAAGAAGCCGGCGAAAAUGUUGCACGAUAUCUGUGUCGCUGAGUCGGGCGCAUCGGAGGAACUGUUGCGCCAAUGUUUGGAUGGAACCGUUCACAGUGAUCCGGCUGUGAAGUGUUACAUACACUGCCUGUUCGACAAGAUUGAUGUGAUCGAAGAGGACACGGGGCGUAUCCUGCUGGAUCGAUUGCUGUACAUCAUCCCGGACGAUGUGAAGGAAGCGGUUAAUCAUUUAACUCGCGAGUGUAGUCACAUUGUUAUGCCGGAUAAAUGCGAUACCGCCUACGAAACGGUCAAAUGUUACUUCAGUGCGCACGAUGAAGUUAUCAAGUUUUGUCACCUUUUGGUGAUGGAAUGA